AUGAGAUAACAAUCACCUAAUUCAAAAUUAUCAAGAGAAAAUUCAGCCUAUCAAAAUGAUUCUGUGACUGUAAGUCAUAUUGAGAAUCAAAAAUUGAGAAAAAGUAAGUUGUCUCAAAGAAAGAUAAUAUAAAUAAAGAAAGACGAUAAGAAAAGAAAUUUAGAAAAUUAGUACAAAAAGCAAUAUAUAGAAUAUGAAUCACAGCAAAUGAUUGAUAAAAAAAAUUGGGAAGGAUUAAAGAAUUUGAUUAGAAAGAAUAAUAAAUAAUAUAUCAGCACUUCGAUUAAGAAUGAACUGUAGGAGAAACAAAUAACAUCUAGAAGUUUAAUAGAAGAAAUCACUAAAAUUGAGAAAGAUAAAGUACCUAAAUUAUAACAAAUAUCUGAUCUAUAAGAAAAAAUAACUUAGAAAAAGAGAAAUAAAUAUGUUGAUAAAGAAAUAGAUGAUUAUACAAUGAAAUAAAUUGAGGGUGAAAUUAUUGAAUUUUAGAAAAAAAAGGAUGAAUAAAUGAAAACAUAUGGUGAGAAAUAUAAAAUCUUAGAGAAAAAUCAUAAAAUGAAGUUGAAAAAAAAGGAAUUUGAUGAUUAAAUUAGAAAAGAUGUAAAAAUCAAUAGUUCUUUUAUACAUGAAGCAAAUCGAUUUUUAAGGUUGAAGGACAAGCAUUCAUUAAGAUCAACUAAACCUAUCUUCUCACACCAAGAAAACCUGUUACAUUCGUUAAGGACACUCAAUCUCCAAAAUCAGAAAUAGGAUAUAUAAGAAAAAAUUCUUCUCAAAAUAAGGUUGAAAUAAUCAAUUAGGAGCAAUUUGAGGAAACAACCGUAAAUUAAUAAAUUCUUAAAUAAAAUUAAAAAUAACCAAGAGCAAAAGAAUUAAAGAUAAAGUACAUGA